CGUGACGCCGGAAUAACGUGACUUCCAUUAACGGGAAGUUGGAGGCGCAGACGGCGAAGUUCCCACAAACACGUCUGUUUUCCGUCGGUCAGCAGCUUCAGCGCGGAACCGGCGAGCCGAACCACAGCCGGCGGAGUCCAGAGGGGACCAGAAGAGUUCGGGGAAGUUCUGAGCAGUGCAGGCAGCAGACAGGCAGACAUGGGCUCAAUGUUUCGCAGCGAGGAGGUGUGCCUGGUGCAGCUCUUCCUUCAGUCCGGCUCCGCUUACAAUUGCGUUAGUGAACUGGGAGAACUGGGCCUGGUUGAGUUCAGAGAUUUAAAUCCUAAUGUAAACGCUUUCCAGAGGAAGUUCAUCAGUGAGGUCCGACGAUGUGAUGAACUUGAGAAAACCUUUGGCUUCCUUGAGCAGGAGAUCAAUCGCUCAAUGUCCAGACCCACGCGGGGUCCGCUCCCCCCUCCGUGCCCAACACCUUUGGCCCCUCAGCCCCGUGAACUCAUCACUAUAGAGGAGGAAAGCGAGAGGCUGGCAAGAGAACUCAAAGAAGUGUCCAGGAACAGAGACAGCCUUCGAGCCCAGAUGAACCAGCUCUGCCAGUACAGCGGGGUUCUGACCAGAACUCACUCUCUCACAGCCUCACAGGCACCACCACCUUUGAUGGACGGCCACGGCCUGUUUGAACACCGCCAAGACGUCCACCUCAGCUUCGUGGCAGGAGUGGUCCAUCCUUGGAAGGUGCCCUCAUUUGAACGAUUGCUGUGGAGGGCAUGCCGCGGUUACAUUAUAGUGGAUUUCAGAGAGAUGGAGGAACGACUGGAGCACCCAGACACGGGGGAGAUGGUGCAGUGGACAGUGUUCCUCAUUUCCUACUGGGGAGAUCAGAUUGGACAGAAAGUCAAGAAGAUAUGUGACUGCUUCCGCACGCAGACGUUUGCUUACCCUGAGAGCAGCACGGAGAGAGAGGAGAUUCUCCAGGGGCUUAAAACCAGAAUUGAAGAUAUCAAAUCAGUGUUGUCACAGACUGAAAACUUCUUGCAGCAGCUCCUGACGCGGGCGGUGGCCAUCCUGCCUCAGUGGAAGGUACGGGUCCAGAAAUGUAAAGCCGUCCAGAUGGUUCUGAAUCUCUGCAGCCCCUCCGUCACUGACAAAUGCCUGAUUGCUGAGGCCUGGUGUCCCGUUGCCAAGCUGCCUGAACUUCAGAGCGCUCUGAGGGAGGGUGGGAGGAAGAGCGGCAGUACGGUUGAUUCGUUCUACAACCGCCUGCCUUCCUCCACCUCUCCACCCACCCUGUUUCCACUCAACUCCUUCACAGAGGGUUUCCAGAACAUUGUGGAUGCCUAUGGAGUGGCCAGUUACCGUGAAGUUAAUCCAGCUGUUUACACCAUUAUUACAUUCCCCUUCCUGUUUGCUGUAAUGUUUGGGGACGUGGGUCAUGGUUUGCUCAUGGCCUUGGCUGCUGGGUGGAUGGUCCUUGAAGAGAAAGACCCCAAGCUUAAGAACAACAACAAUGAGAUCUGGAGGAUGAUGUUCGGGGGAAGAUAUCUGAUUCUGCUGAUGGGGCUGUUUUCUAUCUACACGGGGGCCAUUUACAACGAGUGCUUCAGCAGAGGCCUCACUAUCUUCAGCUCAGGGUGGAACGUCCACCCGAUGUUUGAGAAGAAUAUAUGGAAUGCAUCAGUGCUGGCAGGGACUCGGUACUUGUCCAUGGAUCCUGUUGUUCCUGGAGUGUUCACCGGCCCUUAUCCGUUUGGCAUCGACCCAGUCUGGGGUAUAGCCAACAACAAACUAACGUUCCUUAACCCCUAUAAGAUGAAGAUGUCGGUCAUCAUUGGUAUCAUUCACAUGACGUUUGGAGUGUGUUUGUCAUUUUUCAACUAUUUGCACUUUGGAAACAUAAGCAAGAUAUUCUUUGUGCUGAUCCCAGAGCUGUUCUUCAUGCUGUGUUUGUUUGGCUACUUGGUGUUUAUGGUGGUCUACAAGUGGAUCGUCUACACUCCUGCCCAGUCCGAAGUUGCGCCAAGGAUUCUCAUCCACUUCAUAGACAUGUUCCUCUUCAUGGAGAAGCCAGAUAACCCUCCGCUUUACACAGGACAGAAUGUGGUGCAGAAGGUACUGGUGGUGCUGGCUGUGUGUUCUGUCCCGUUCCUCCUGCUGGGGACGCCCAUUUAUGAAUAUAUCACAUUCCGGAGGAGACACCGUCCCAGGGAAGAGGACAGACGGCCACUGUUGUCCGACGAGGGCUCAGUCAACACUCAUCAAGGGGAGGUGGAGGGAGGACCAGCACAAGAGGAGGAGUUCGAUGCUACAGACGUGUUCAUGCACCAGGCCAUCCACACCAUAGAGUACUGUUUGGGCUGCAUCUCCAACACGGCCUCUUACCUACGACUCUGGGCUCUCAGUCUGGCACACGCAGAGCUGUCAGAGAACUUGUGGACGAUGGUAAUGCAUAUGGCCCUGAAAUGGCAAGGAUAUGUCGGAUCUGUAAUACUUUUUGUGAUUUUUGCGUUCUUUGCUGUGCUGACUGUCUCCAUUCUGCUGGUUAUGGAGGGUCUCUCAGCAUUCCUGCACGCGCUCCGUCUGCACUGGGUGGAGUUUCAGAACAAGUUUUACAGUGGAUCUGGCUACAGGCUGAGCCCCUUUUCUUUCUCUUCUCUGAUCAACACAUCACCUGCUGCAUGAUUGAUCAGCUUAUUAACGGUGCCAAACGGUUACUUUAACUUAAUUGCGUUAUUGCAUACCUGGACUGCAACACUGCAAAAUGACCUCUUCUUAACGGUAGUAUUUUAUUGCCUAUAGGGCUACAAAAUGUUUUUUACUAAAAAAGUGAUCACAGACUGUUAUUUUUGCAUCAGUGCAAUGAGUCAUUAUAUAAUGAAUUAAAAUGACAUGACGUGGAAUAACAAUAGUUUUGUAUGCUCUUGCAACAUUCUUUUCUUUUUAUGUACUACUUUCAAAUUACUUUAUCAUUUUGCUGAAGAAAUUGUAAAAACUUACUUUUAAUAGUAGUAACACAUUUAAUGGAAAUUAAGAAAAGGGAAAGUAUAUCGAAUUGUGAAGCCGUUCCAUGGUUCCAUGUAUGAUUGUUAAAUUGGAAUAAUGUGCUUUAAUAUCAUUCCUGUAGGAUUCUUUACACUAUAGCAAGGAUUUAUUACAAUGAUUAUUUUGAGCCAAAGAUACUUUUCAUUAGUCGUCAUGUCUUCCAGCCCAGCACAAGGCAGAUAUAGUCAGAUGGCAGAGAUUAUUUCAGGUGCCUUACUUGAACAGCGUGCAUGUUUAUCUUUGCAGUUUCUGGGAUGAACUUAUCUGCUAUUAUUCUGCCACAAGAACACUUUGCCUGCACAUUUGUCUGAUUGUCUGCUGUGUACAAUGUUUUGUUUUUGAAAUUAAAUAUAAUUUUCUUGUUUAAAAAACUA